UAAUAUGUUUUCAUACUGAUAUUUAUUAUUUCAUUUAUAUCAACAAAACAUCUAUAUACAACCUCACCUUUGACUAAAUAAAUUUGAAUAUUUCUAAACACUCGUGAAAAAUUUAAAGGAUCAGAAUAUUCGGUGCUGUACAAAAACAUAUAUAUAAGCUGUGCCAUUUAAAAAAAGAACUGAUUUAGUAUCAAGGAUAGUAAUUGGAAUAUCAUAAUGAAUAUACCAGAAAUAAAACCAUACGAAGAACUAGCGGUGGACACAUUGGUGUCCGUAAUGAACAGAGCAAAGGAAACGCUUGGAGAGCGACAGACUUUGAAACAGCUAGCCAACAGCCGUGACGUCAUGACGCCUCAUGUUAAGGUCCACCUCACAACGUUGGAGUGUCCAUUGGUGAUCACAAGUGAACAGCUCCUCAAGCAAACUAUAGAGAAAAAAUGGCGCUUGACGGAAACGUUUAUGUACCACCUCAAAUACAUGGGUAGUUCAAAGGACGAGUGUUCACAGUAUUACUAUUUUGAGGCAGUGUUCAGCCAGCCCACCGCUGCCUAUCCAAUACCUCAAGCAACUGCAUCAGUAUUCUUCAGAGUUGAAGAUAAGCACAUCGAGCCAUUGGAAAGCAGAGGCGUUCCCUUAAUGACGUUCAGAAUCGAAGGUCACCGGUUGGAUCAUGACGUUCGCUUCGAAACUCUAAUAGCUGAUUGGAUACUCGCCGUCAUUAAAAUGAAAAUAAUUUUUUUCAAGAGAAUCGAGAGCUUAAGACUUUUCUAACUAUAUUUUAUACGAUCUAGAUUACAUGUUGUUCAGUGCAUCAUACGAUGAAAUAUUUUUUUUUUUAUUUGAAUAGUAUUUUUUUUUCAGCUUACUAUUAUAAAAUAAUAUUUAAUUAGUUAUAUAGAAUUGUACAAAUUUAUAAAGUAGA